GAGGAGCGAAGGGAAAACACAGGCGGAAGAGAAACAACACAAGCCAGCCGGUGAGAUUUGAUUAUGAACUGAAGAGGAAUGAGGGUUGAAUCCGCAUACCCGUCAUCUAUGGUAUGUAAAUCAUUCUGGGUUUAUUAAUUAGAGCUCAAUUCAGCUUCAAGCCCACUAAAUCAUUCUGUGUCUCAUGGACGUAAAUGAUUGUCAUGUCUGUAAAUGAGUGUCAUUAAUAGAUUUAAGGUUUGGUUUGCGCCGUGGAUUCCACGUUAGUCUCGAGAAUUUUGAUGUAGUAUUACAAUUUUUAGCUACCCUUCGGCAAUGGCAUCCAUACCGUCGAAAAACGUAUGGAUUCGACGGCAGCAAUGCCCUUGUGGGGAUUGGAAAUGUUAUGUUUCAUAUGAAGGAGAAGGCGAAGAAACUUCUAUCGCAGCCGAGUUAGUAAAGUCCGAAAGGGUGUCAUCUGAAGCUAUGGUUUCCCCUUACGUGGGAAUGGUGUUUAAGAGUGACACUGAGGCGUUUGAGUAUUAUGGGAAUUUUGCUAGGAGGAAUGGGUUCUCUAUUAGGAAAGAGCGAUCGAGACUAAGCCCGCAAUUGGGUGUUUAUAAACGAGAUUUUGUUUGUUAUCGUUCAGGAUUUGCACCUGCAAGGAAAAAACCCAUUGGGGAGAAUCAUAGAGAUAGGAAAUCGGUGCGUUGUGGGUGUGAUGCUAAGAUGUAUUUGUCGAAGGAAGUCAGUGAAGGAGUUGCACAAUGGUUUGUAGUGCAAUUCAGCAAUGUUCAUAACCAUGAACUUCUUGAAGAUGACCAAGUUCGCCUCCUUCCUGCGUAUCGAAAAAUUCACGAGGCCGACCAAGAACGCAUACUUCUGCUUUCAAAAGCUGGGUUUCCCAUUCAUCGGAUAGUGAAGGUAUUGGAAUUGGAAAAGGGCAUUCAUGGAGGUCAAUUGCCUUUUUUGGAGAGAGAUGUUAGAAACUUUGUUCAAAAUCGUAAGAAGAUUGUUCAAGAACGCGAUGCGCUGCUAAACGAAAAACGGGAAAUUGAUACAAUAGAGCUUCUAGAGGCUUGCAAAGCCACGAAAGAAUCAGAUGAAGAGUUUGUUUAUGACUUCACAGUUGAUGCAAAUGAUAGGGUUGAACAUGUUGCUUGGUCAUAUGGGGACUCUGUUAAUGCUUAUGACAUGUUUGGGGAUGUUGUCUAUUUUGACACUACUUAUUCAUCAAUCACAUAUGGUUUACUAUUGGGAGUGUGGCUUGGCAUUGAUAACCAUGGUAGGACUAUUUUCUUUGGUUGUGUUUUGUUGCAAGAUGAAACGCCUCGUUCGUUGGCUUGGGCUUUUCAGACCUUUAUUCGUUUCAUGAGAGGCACAUUCCCGCAGACAAUUUUGACUGAUCUUGAUCCAGGGCUUAGAGAUGCAAUAAGAAGUGAAUUACCUGGCACAAAGCACAUAAUUUCGAGAUGGAAUAUUUUGUCAAAGAUAUCUAGUUGGUUUUCUUUUUAUCUUGGACCUCGUUAUGCAGAGUUCAAAUCCGAAUUUGAUUUGCUGUAUUCUGUGGAGAGUUCAGAGGAUUUUGAAAUUCGAUGGGAUCAAAUGGUAUCAAUGUUUGGUAUCGUUUCAGACAAGCACCUCGAUUUACUAUUUUCGUUUCGGGAAUACUGGGUACCAUUGUACAUAAGAGGUUGUCUUUUAGCUCAAAUGGCAACAUCAGCCUAUUUCAAGGCUGUCGAUAUGUUCUUGAAAGGAGUUUUUAGUGCACAGACGUGUUUGCGUAGCUUUUUCGAGCAGGUUGGUAUUUCAGCCAACUUCCAAAGCCAUGAGCAUCAUGAGAUGCAAUAUUUGCAAUUAAAGACGAAUAUACCGAUCGAAGAACAUGCACGAAGCAUCCUCACCCCAUUUGCCUUCAAUGCUUUACAGCAUGAAUUAGUGUUGGCCAUGCAGUAUGCUGCAUCUGAAAUGGCGGAUGGAUCAUAUCUCAUGCACCACUUCAAGAAGAUUGAUGGAGAGCGUUUUGUGAUGUGGAUUGAAGACAGCGAACAGAUUCACUGCUCUUGUAAGGAGUUUGAAUCCUCAGGCAUGCUAUGCAGACAUGCUUUGCGCAUAUUCAUUAUAAAGAAUUACUUUCAGCUUCCUGAUAAAUAUUAUUUAAGUAGAUGGAGGCGGGAAAGCUCUCUAGCCUUAAGCGAUGGUCAUGGUAUUGAGAGUAACGGUGGGCAUUGGUUUCAUGAAUAUCAGCGACUUACCGAGGCUCUUUUUGCCGAAUCUUCCAUUACCAAAGAACGUAGUGAGCAUGUCCGUAGGGAACUGAUGAAAGAGAUCACAAGACUUCUUAACGAGAUUAGGAGAAUGCCCGAGAGUGACGGGGUUGCAGCUAUGGAUUUGACAGAAUCGCCAAAUGGUUAAUGCUUCUGCUAAGGGAUUGCUAUGAAUUCGACAUUCUCCCGAACUGAUUGUUCUUUAUCUGACUUCCUUUCAUAGCUGUCUGCAAUGGAGACAGACGAAGGUCGUCAAACUCACACAAUGUAAUAUUAAGGAAGAGAACUGCAUGCUUGGAAUGGUAAUGGUUGUACAGGCUUUUGACUCAAUAAGAAUGCACCUGGCUCGUGGCUAGAAUAUCUAAGAGAUGUAAAGUUAUCGAUCGAGGCGGUCCAAAGCUGAAUGUUAUCAAAAGCAUCUGGAAAAUUUGGUAUGAAUAAUUUCAAUUCAAAGC